UCAAGAACAAGUAGGUGAGUUUUGUGAUUUUAGACAGAGAAACUGAACUCUUAUAGAGGGAAACACAAAGGAAUGGUUUGAAAAAUGAGAUUAAGCAUAUUCCAAGCAAAACCCAGAUACUAAAAAUAUAUAUAUAUAUUGUUGAGCUUGUGAGGUGAUUAUUUUGGGCCAAAAAAUUCAAGGAAAGAAGAAGAAAUAUGGAUUGCUAGCUAGCUUGCAUGUACGGAUGAUGAUGAAUGUUUUUGUUUUUUAUUUGGAAGGUAUUGAUCACAUGGGGAUGCCUUCUGAUAUGAGCAGCUUCCAAUGUUAACCCCUACAAUAGGUUUUGAAUGUCAUAAAACCAUUAAAGUAAGUUUUGUCUACUUUAAGGUCAUUUAUCUGAAUCCAUUCAUCUAAAAGAGGUACUUUUCAAGAUUCAAGCCUUACAAAUACGAUUGUUCACUAGCUAGCUAUAUACAGAAAUGGACAUGGGCGUUAAAAUACAACGGUUUUGUAUUACAGACCUUCAUGAUGAAUAUUUAUAUUUGAUCUUUGGAAAAUUAGAUAAAAGUGUUGAUCGAGAAGCUUUUGGCCUAACAUGUCACCGUUUUCUCGAUAUUCAAAAUUCAAGUCGUAAAUGUUUGAAAUUUGGAACCUUGACUCAGUCAAAUCGGUCAAAAAGGAAGGUGAUGAUUGAUUCCUCUAAGCUUGAUAGUUUGCUAAAGCGGUUUAGGCAAUUAGAGUUUUUAUCCUUGAAGGGAUGCAUAGAUGUUUCCGAUUUAGGUUUAACACAGUUGCAAAUUUGUGGCUCUAAAUUGCACACUCUGAAGCUUGAUUAUCGUUCUGAUAUCACCAACAAAGGACUUUCCUAUGUUGCUUCUGGAUGUCCAUUGUUGUCUGUAAUCAGCCUCUUUGGUUCUAAAAUCACCGAUUUAGGCUUAAAAAGUUUAAAAUCCUGCAAGCAUUUGAAAGAAGUGGAUCUUGCUUGCUGUGACAAGAUAAGCGACAGUGGAAUUCAAUCUCUCAUCCAAAGUGGUCAACUUAGAACAUUGGAUGUAUCUAUGUGCUUUAAAAUUACUGAUAUAGCCUUCCAAGGGCGUUCUAUAACAUUAGAAGAAGUCGAUAUUUCUUACUGUGACAAGAUAACUGAUAGUGGAAUUCGAUCUCUCAUUCAAGGUUAUCCUCAACUUAGAACAUUAAAUAUAUCUAAGUGCUGUAAAAUUACUGGUAUAGGUUUCCAAGGGUGUUCACCAACAUUGGCUUGUGUCAUAGCCUAUAAGUGUGUGCUUAGUUCAACAGGUAUUGCUGAAAUGUUAAGUGGAGGUGGUUUUAAGUAUCUAAGUUUUGCAUGUUUCAAAUGCAUAGAGGGAAAUGGACUGGCAACUAUUGGUUCAGGACUUGCUCCAAAUCUUAAAGUCCUUGAUUUUCAUAAUUGUGACUUUGUUACUGAUGAUGUUAUCUUAAGUAUCUCACAAGGGUGUCCUUCACUGCAAGAAUGGAAUCUGUCCUAUUGUGGCUACAUUAGUACUUCUGGCUAUGAUCCAAUUGGCUUGUAUUGUCAAAAACAGAUGUUAUAG